AUGAAAGGAUACAACCCGGUUGGAACGCCAGCCGAACCAGGCCUACCACUCACGUCAAGCAUGUCACCUCAACAACAAAAAGAAAAAGAAGAAAUGAAAAAUAUUCCGUACAAGGAGGCAGUAGGUGCGCUACUAUACCUAUCCACAACUACAAGGCCCGACAUCUCCUAUGCCGUGGGCCAGGUGGCUAAGUUCAGUCAAAACCCCGGGAUACAACACUGGAAGGCGGUCAAAAGAAUCAUCCGAUACAUAGCUGGUACUCGAACCUAUGGCAUUCUCUACUCUCAAGAGAAAGGCGAAAUGGUGACGGGCUAUACGGAUGCUGACUACGGUGGGGACCUAGAUGAUAGGACCUCAACAUCUGGAUGCGUAUUACUAUGCAGCAGCGGAUCAAUCUCCUGGUUUAGCCGCAAACAAGAAUGCACCUCACUGUCUACAACGGAGUCGGAGUUCGUAACGGCGAGUGAAGCAGCUAAAGAAGCCACUUGGAUUAGGUCACUCCUCAAAGAGAUCCGGAGAAGAGAACAGGAACCGAUUCCGCUUUUGUGGGAUAACCAAGGUGCCAUCCGGUGCGCGCACAACCCUGAGCUACACAGAAAAAUGAAACCCAUUGACAUCCGAUUCCGGUUGGUCAAACGAGCACAGGAGAGUGGGGUGAUUGAUGCCCGGUAUGUCAAUUCACAAGAUCAAAUAGCCACCAUCUUCACGAAGCCCCUACCUCUUCCAAAAUUCCAAUACCUCAGGAAGAAACUGGGAAUAAUUGAAGUGACUACUGUGUAA